UCAGAUCAGUGUUGUUUAUUGUGGCGCUUCCUUCCUGUGUGAGAAACACCAUGGUCGUCAGCUCAAAAGAUAGCAGGAUUUUUUGACCAUUUUCCCUUGAAAAAUGCCACAUUGUCAGCGUGUAAUUUUGUCCUCAAGCUGUUGGUGAAAUAGUGCUGGACAAUGUCAGACCAGGCUAAGCUAAAGGAGAGCCUUAAAAAGUCCAUUAAAGCACUUGUCAUCUCAGCACCGCUCGGACUGACUGUAAAAGAAGUUGAACUAGACUAUGCAACUUACGAGGGUCGACCUCUACCAUACAGGCAACUGGGCUACACAACAUGCCAAGAUUUCUUACAAGACAUUCCAGAUGCUGUGCGUUCUGUAUGGGAGAGGGGUCAUCUGGUGGUUCGAGCUGUCGCAGACAGCUCAACAAGACAUAUUCAAAGUCUUGUUUCUAGACAGAAAGUCGACGUUCAAAAAUGUCUGAAGAAAAGACGAGCAAGUACGCGAAAACCAGUUCAAAGACAAGUUGUAGUGUCUGUUGCCAAAUCGUUGAACGUACCUGUUGGGUCAUCUUCGUCAAGCCAUCAGAGAGCCUGGCGUCCAGGAGGAGGCGGUUCAUCAUAUCGAACAUCGCCCUCGCCUGGCAUUGCUUACAACUCACGCCCCAAACCACGAGGCCCACCUGCAGUACAACCCAGCGUUCCAGCCUAUGUCCAGAGUCAGCUUAAAACAUUCCUAAUUGCCCAUCCAAAUGGCAUUCAAAGUUCGCAUUUUGACAGACUUUUUAGCGAGCAAUUUGGUCAUACGAUCUGCUGCACCAAACUUGGUUUCCAAUCACUUCUACAUAUGUGUCAAGUUUUGUCUGACUUUAUUGGUAUACAGAAACUGACUGGUGGAGAGUUCAGGAUUUAUGAGAAAUCCAAUUGCCCAGGAAGAGUUGUCAGUACUCCAACUGUUGUGAACACUCCCAGAGUUAGUCAGAUAGAAAGACGUCCAAGUACAGCUGUAGAGUCACCUAAACCACCGGUUACAGACAGACAAGAAGAGUCGUACUCCAAACGAGAUUCUGUGAGACCUAAGAAUGGCCCGAACCAUCAAAUUGACACACAAUGGAGGAACACCAGCCAGGUCAACUCUGCAAGACCAUCUGGCCAGAACAGCCGACAAGAAAACCAAGAGACGGUCAACACAAGAGAAAGAUCUCCAAGCUACUCCAAAGAACGUUUGGGAAGUGCCUCCUCAAUUGAUAACACUCUUCAAUCGGAUCUGUUUGAAACAAAGUUUCUGGAGGAAAUACAGCAAGUUUUGGCAGAGCACCCUGAUGGUGUUUGGGCAGCUUAUCUACUAGACAUGUAUAAGGAGAAAUUUAAGAAGACAUUACCAAUGAUGUCACUGGGUUAUUACAGUGUGACUGAGCUAAUGGCCGCCAUGCCUGAGGUAGUAGCAAUCGAACGAGAGCAGAAACAGGGAGACUGGAAGCUAUAUGAUGUGCGGACAUACAAACCAAAGACUAACUUACAGAACAACACAACGAGUUCAGAGGCAAAUGCCACAGCUCAGAGUAGGAAGACUGAAGUGGCAGCUGAUCCUUCCAAAGGAUUCUUGGAGCUCAAGACAAAGAUCAGUCAGAUCCUGGAACAGAACUCGGAAGGAGUCUAUCUCAAAAGUCUUCCUCUCCUUUACAAAAAGACUUUUAAUGAGACGUUUCCUUUGGAGGAACUUGGUUUGAGAGACAUCGAAUCCCUUGUCAUGAUGAUGCCUGAUAUUGUUAAUUUAGUCUACAAGGGAUAUGGACGUCUUCUCCUUGUUCUAGUAGACGAAUCGAGAAUGGUUCCGCGGAACAAGUCCAUUCCUAAGGACGCAGUAGGCUGGGGUUUCGGCUACUCCUACCAGGACUUCCCACCACUUCAGGAUUACAUCGAGGUGUACGUGGCGACGGUAUUCACUCCUCAUCGACUCUGCAUCCAACUUAAAAACAAACAGAGCAAUGAAGACCUGGAUAACCUGAUGGAUAAUCUAGAAUCUGUCUACGCCUAUCCUGAAGGGAAUAAGUAUGAGUUGCCGGAGUCAAUGGUAGCUGUAGGUCAAGUUUGCUGCGCUCUGUAUCUCAGUGAUAAUAACUGGCAUAGAGCCAUUAUUACCGGUAUACCUAUUGUGGACUUUAUAGAGGUGCUGUAUGUGGAUUACGGCACUGUAGCUACUGUCACAAGAUCUGCUCUAAGAUUGCUCAAGUCUAGCUUCUUAAGAUUACCCGUCCAAGCCUUCAAUGGACGCCUUGCCUACAUUGAACCAGCUGAGGAGAAAUGGACGCAGCAUGCCAGAGACAGACUCUUAGCCUUGACGGCUGGAAAACCUCUCAUCGCCCUCAUCACAGAAAUUCAGAGAGCAGAGUUGUAUCUGUUACUGAGUGACACAACAACGGAUGAAGACAUCCACAUCAACGAUGCCUUGGUGGAGGAUGGGCUAGCUCUAUUUGAGGCAAGAUCAAUUGAAGAACAUCAUGCUCCUUCCAAGCAUCAAGAUUGCGAGUUUUCCGAUGAUGAAUUAACACAAGCCGAGUUUGAAUUCAUGACCUUACAAGACGUCACUGAAAGUGAAGAUGCAUCUGGGAAUCCUGAGUACGAUGUUGAGAAUUAUGAGGCGGUGGUGAGUUCACCAGAGCCGCAUGAGACUCUGGCUGAUUCAAAAGAUGAAGAUGCAGCACCCAGCAGUCUUCAGAACCCACCACCAGGUCUUCCACUUCCAGGUCUUCUAUCUCCCUCCAGAGAAAAUCGAAUAAAUAAGGGCCCCACACCCAACGAUAACGACAGAGGUUCGAAUCCCUCCUUGGACAGUGAAGAUUCUAGGGCUAGUGAUAUGCCUUAUUUGGAAGAAUCACCAGGCGAUGGUCGAUGGAUUGUUAAACGCGUUGAUCUUGAUGAGGGUUACCAGGUCCAUCUUAUUAAUCAUGAGAAUGAGGUUUGUUUAACCAUUGCCGAGGUUACCUCGUUCCUAUGUGACGAUGAUUCGGAUCCGGAAGAAGCCCUCUGUUGUCUGGUCAGUGAACUCAUGGUUGAUAUUCCGUUAUUGAUGGCCGAUGAGAAGGAACACCCAAGACUCUUCAGAGAACUAAGAAGGAUGGAGGUACUGGAUAGCACAGAUCUGAGUUUGGACUUAGUCACCAUGAUGCCUUUUACCAGUGCUCUGUUGUUGUUGGGCUGCUCUGGUACUGUUAGCAUGGAGAUAGUGCAGCAGCUACAAGAGAAGACUGAAGACCUGGGCGUUCUUGGGGAUAUGUUUGGGAGUGAUGUCAGUGAUAAUGCUAUGGAUGACCUUGGUCUGGCUCUGGAGUUGGAUGAGCUGAAAAUGACUCUGGAAACACUUCAGUACAAAAGGAAGCGUCUUGUGAGCGCUAUGAUGCAGAACACAGAUAUGAACUUUGUUGAUGAGCUGUCUCAUAUAGAAGAGAAGAUUCAAGAGAUCACGAAGAUGGCCGAGACGACUGAAGCUAUCAUUCAACAGAGGGCGCUAGACGGAGAUAAAAUGGCUUUGAAGUCUAAUCCGAGUACGUCUACUGAGGACGUAAAAGUUACUUCACCAUCAAACGCCAAUGAAUCAAACACUGGUUCACUAAGCCAAGGACAAAUACCAGACAGUCCAGAGCGGUCAUCGACAAGCAGUAAUCCAAAGUCUGCAAGUAAGCUUGUCAUGGCUGUAGAACCUUCGCUAAGAGAUUUAGAUCUAAACAAAACAGCAGCACAGGGGAAAGUGCCUAUGCCACCCCUUCAAGAGCCAGAAGUAUACGAAGCAGCUCCGCCACGCCCACCUGAGCCUACAGCAGUCAGUGCCCCACAGUACCACGCCCCACCUACGCAGCUCACACAGCCAGACAUCCGGUUUCCAUAUAUGCCAUACGCCCAGUUCCCAAAUUCAGAGUUUGUAUCCCGCUCUAAUCAGUAUUUUCCACGACUCUCGUUCCCACCACCACCCAGUGGUUAUCAUCACCAAGGUUCGGGUGACUUUAUCCCUCAGUUGUACCCAAACCAGCCGUCGUGGAUGGAACCUGUACCCCAAGGGACAUUCCUGCAUCUACCCCCACCAAACCUUGGUCCCAUGUCACAUGUCCCACCACCACCGAGACCUUUCAUGGGUACUUUGCCACCUAGGUACUGUCCCAACUCAGGAGGGCGCUGGAUGCCCGGCCCAGGCCAGGGUCAAGGGAUGUGGUGACCGGGAAGUUGCAUGAGUUGCUGACAAGAAAUGUGUAACUCAUUCCAUGGUAAUGCACAAACGUGAAAAAAAAUGAAGCCAUUCUAAUGGUGCUACAACUGAAGUUUAUUUUUUAAACUUGUUAAUCUUUUUUAAAGAGUCUUGAUGUUAAAAGAACUAUUAUGUUGUUGAAAUGCUGCAGGUAUUAAGCAUGCAAUUUUUUUAUGAUUUGUGUUUUUACAUAAGUGCCUUGCAAAGAAUAGCCUCCCUGAGGAGAAAGGAAACAUGCAUAACAGCCAUUUUGUAAUAUUUGAGUUUAGCAUGAAAGGAUAAUGUUCCUUAAAAGUAAUCCAUACUUGUUCAUAAAAGUUGGACUUGCAUUUUUAGGUGUUGGAGAUGAAAUCGUUGCGUCGGUGCAAUUUUGUGCCUCGAUAUUUUAUAUUAACGUGUAUCUUACACACACAAAAACAUGGUGAAUUUUUUGUUAUCUUGCCCCAUAACUAUUGGUUUUGUGUGUAAUCCAGGUUUAGUUAUUAUACAUGGUUUGUAAAGCUGGCAAAAUAGUGGCAGUGUUAAAUAUGUGUGAAAUCAACCAUUAUAUAUAAAUACAUGACGUAACAAAAUCUGUGAAAAUUUGGGCUGAGUCUGUUGUGAGUCUCGUCGGGAGAAAAAUAGUGAAAACCAUGCACAAUUUUUCGCAUUUAAACAAACUCAUAACAAUAGAAAUCAGCUAAUCGGAUACAGUUUUCUUAAAAUGACUUCAUUUCAGAGAGAAAUAUUUCUCCGAAGUUUUUUUCUUCUAGUAAUUGUUUGAGCUACAGUAAGCUUCAGACUUAAAUUUAACAAUGAUUUUUUCCCGUGCCAUUCCUGCAUAAAACCUUGAAGUUUGAUAUUUAGAUAUAUGAUAUUUAGAUAUUGCGUGUAACAUAAAUACGAGAUGCACCUCGAUUGCACCUACGGAACGAUAUUAGGCUAGAAAUGUACAUUUGAUCAAACAGUAUUUUUAGUGGUGGAUAGAAAAAGAUUAUUUUAUUUUACAAAGAUGGUGGUUUGAUAAAAGUGACUGCAGAUCAACUGAAACUUUACUUUUUUUAUUUAUGUAUUAAACUCUAUUAUCAACAUUUGACAUGAUAACUUGAAUUAUAUUUAAGUUGUGUACUUGUGUUUAUUUCUGCACACAAUAGUUGUCCUUCUCAGUCUACAAGUCGCCAACAUUCCAAACCAAUCUGGCGCAACUAUUUUGACGAGUUAUACAUAAAGCUAUGUGGAAUUUGUUUCCCCUUGUUAGUAACCAAUGUUGUAACUUGAUGCAAAGAAAACUCUCUUGAAACACUCGAGUCUGUACAGAAAUGUGUUUAUUUACUUACAUGUGUACACCAGAAAAACACUGUUUUCCCCAAUUAUUAGUGGAAGGAAAGUAUUUACAUGAAUCUGGAAAAAUAAAAAAAUCCUGUAAACCAUGAUUUUAUUAGAUUUCCUACAAUAUAAAGAAUCAAACUAAAAAUAUUUAUGAUAUUUUUUCCUUCAUUUAAUCAAAGAAUCAUUUAUUUAUUUAUUUUCCCCAUUUUUACGUCGCUGCCACUUUGCCUAUUCAAUUUGCACCCAACAAACAAUGAUUAACCACUACCUGUCAUGUCAAAAUGGCGGGCAUGGUUCUAUAGAGCUGCUUCCUGAAAAUUAACUUCUCUGUCGUUACUUUUCAGUUAACAAGCCUUCACUAAGAAAUGACAUUGUUACUUUCCAGUUAACAAUCCUUCACUUAGAAAUCAGUUUUUUUUUUACCUUUGACCUCAUAUGUUAGUCAUAAGGGCAACACUAAAUGUUAUGCUUUUCACUUCAAGUGUGUAUUCAACAAAGUCCAAAGUUAAGUACGUUACAAAAGCUUUUUAAAUAAGAAAAUAAAGGAACAAAUCAAUUCUUAACAACAAGCUGGUCAGGUAAGCUCACUUCCUUGGGUAUUCUCCGCUCUAAUUUACAAGUUGAAUCUUUAUUUGGUAAAUUUAAUUAAUUACCGACAUUUGAAUGUCACUUCUAAUGCAAUACUAUCGUAUGCAAAAUUCUGCCAGUCA